CCGUCAUGCUCGAGUUUUGUCACAACGACACGCUCACGAUUGAGUGGAGCGCCGAUGCCUUCUCCAUCUGCUUUCUAGACACGCUCGGGUCGACGUCACUCGCAGGGUUUAUGGCCGUCUAUGGCUCUGUCAAACUGUGGAGAUUGUUCACCUCACCCAAGAUUGCUCGAGCUGUAUCGCCCGCCAUUUCAUUCCAUGUGCUGCACUUGGUUGCUGCGCUGAUUAUCUUGCUGUGCUACCCUGCCGUGAUGAUUGCCCAUGCGGCGCUGGAUUCGUCGCGCAUCUACGGGUCUGCCGUCAUGUCGGCGUGCUUGCACGUCUUUGCGUGGAGCUACCUCUUGGUCGUCGUGCGAAUCUCACGCAUCAAGUCGGUCGCUCACCACAAGGUUGUGUUUGUCUUUUACAUGAUGGCCGUGCUGGAGGUCAAUAUGGAGCUCGCAUCUGUCAACGGCGAGAAUGUCUACUUUCGCCUGAAAGACGGGCUGCACGUCGCUUCCUUUGCCACGUUCAUCAUUCGUUACGCACUCACCACGCUGAUGCCGGUGUUUGCGCUCCUGGACAACCGCCAGCUCAAGCUUGCUCUCGCCGCUGGCUAUGUGGCAAUCAACGGCGACGAGCAGCUUGCAGACGACGGUGGCAAGCAAGCGCCGUCCUCCAAGCCCCCUGGUGCCUCGUCGAGUGACGACGAUAUCUUUCAAGGGAACACGUUUCACGACUUUCGUCGUCGCAUCAAGCUACUGUGGCCGUAUCUUUGGCCGCGGAACGAUCGCUUGCUCCAAUUCUAUGUCAUUGUGUGUCUGACGCUGCUGGCAGCCGGGCGUGGUAUCAAUGUCCUCGUUCCAAUCUACAACAAGCAGAUGGUGAACGACCUGACACCAGAUCCCGUCACCAAAGCUCUCGAAAUGCCGUACAAGGACAUUGGCAUUUACAUUCUGCUCAUCUUCAUCCAGGGCGGCAGCGUGGGCUCGACUGGUUUGCUCAACUCACUCCGCUCGUGCCUGUGGGUCAAGAUCAGCCAGUACACCGACCGAACCAUUCGGCUGAAAAUGUUCAACCACAUUCACAGCUUGAGCCUUCGCUGGCACAUGUCCAAAAAGACGGGCGAGGUGCUGCGUGUCAUGGAUCGCGGCACGGACAGCAUUGACACGUUGCUCAGCGCCAUCCUCUUUAACAUUUUGCCAACGUUUGUAGACAUUGCCAUUGCAAUUGGCUACUUUAUCUACACGUUCAACGUCUGGUUUGGCGUCAUUGUCUUUGUGGCCAUGUCGCUGUACGUUGGCUUUACUGUUUCCAUUACCGAAUGGCGAACCAAGUUCCGUCGCAAGAUGAACAAGAUGGACAACGAAUCUCGCGCAAAGGCCGUGGACUCGCUCCUCAACUUUGAGACGGUCAAGUACUACGAAGCGGAGCGGGUUGAAGCCGAACGCUACGAGCGCUCCAUCCUCGAUUACCAAGCCGAAGAGUGGCGUUCCAACUUUACACUCAACCUGCUCAACUGCGGCCAAACGCUCAUCAUCACCGCAGGCCUUGCGGCGGGAUGCAUGUAUUGCGGUUACAAGGUGGCUGCUGGCGAACUGACCGUGGGCGACUUUGUGCUGUUCCUGUCCUACGUGGUCCAACUGUAUGCGCCGCUCAACAUGUUUGGCUCGUGGUAUCGUCUGCUGACGCAGUACUUUAUCGACAUGGAGAACAUGUUUGAUUUGCUGGCAGUUGAGCCUGAAGUCAAGGACAUCCCCACCGCACAGGCGUUAAGCGUCACAUCGGGCGAAGUCAAGUUUGACAACGUCCACUUUGCCUACGACCCCGCAAAGCCUGUCCUGAAAGGAAUCUCGUUCACAAUCCCGGCUGGCCAAACGUUUGCCUUGGUCGGGGCUUCGGGAAGCGGCAAAAGCACGAUCGUUCGACUCUUGUUCCGCUUUUACGACCUCGUUUCUGGCACAAUCACCAUCGAUGGACAGGACAUUUCCCAAGUUCAACAGGCCUCGUUACGCCGUGCGAUUGGCGUUGUGCCUCAGGACACCGUCUUGUUCCAUGACACCAUUCGAUACAACAUCCGGUAUGGUCGGCAAGACGCCACGGAGGCGGAACUCGAGAAUGCCACGCGCGCCGCAGAAAUGCACGACAAGAUCAUGUCCUUCCCGGACAAGUACAACACCGUCGUGGGCGAGCGCGGCUUGCGGCUCUCUGGUGGCGAGAAGCAACGGGUGGCCAUCGCACGCACCAUCCUGAAGGCUCCGCAGAUUGUCAUGUUGGACGAAGCCACGAGCGCUCUGGACACCAUUGUUGAGCGUCAAAUUCAGGCGUCGCUUGCUCGCGUGUGUGACAACCGCACGACCCUCGUUGUGGCACACCGCCUUUCCACCAUCAUAGGCGCAGACCAAAUUCUCGUGCUCCAAGACGGCGAAGUGAUUGAGCGUGGCAGUCACGCAGAGCUGUUGUCGCUGGGCGGCAAGUACAAACACCUGUGGCAGCAACAGCUCGAGUCUUCCAAAGCGGCUGCUCCGUCGUCGUCGGGAAGUCUGCCAACAGAUAGCAAUGCACCAUCCAGCAGCGCGACCCCAGUGAGCGGUAAUCCAUAAAAGGGAGGUUGAAAAAUACAAUAAAAGCAUCUGAA